UCUCUGCAGGCUAUCAAGUAUAUAAUUUGUAGUUGUUUCUGGUGCUCUUCGCAAAAUGGUGAAGCUGACAAUGAUAGCGCGGGUCACUGAUGGCCUUCCUCUGGCAGAAGGGCUUGAUGACGGGCGGGAUCAAAAGGAUUCUGACUUCUACAAGCAGCAAGCUAAACUUCUUUUUAAGAACUUGUCAAAGGGGCAACAUGAAGCCUCAAGGAUGUCAAUUGAGACAGGAUCGUUCUUUUUCCAUUACAUCAUUGAAGGCCGAGUAUGUUAUCUAACAAUGUGUGACCGUUCUUAUCCAAAGAAGCUUGCAUUCCAGUACUUGGAAGAUCUGAAAAAUGAAUUCGAGAGAGUCAAUGGAAGUCAGAUUGAAACUGCGGCAAGGCCUUAUGCUUUUAUUAAGUUUGGUAUGUUGUUAAUCUCUACUGCACAUGCCACCAUUGUUUUUAUUCACCCUCUCAAGUUCUACUGCUUUAUAACAUAUGUUUCUCUGUAUUUAGAUACAUACAUACAGAAGACUAAGAAACUCUAUUUGGAUACCAGAACCCAAAGGAACAUUGCAAAACUGAAUGAUGAGCUCUAUGAGGUUCAUCAAAUUAUGACUCGCAAUGUUCAAGAAGUUCUUGGCGUCGGUGAAAAGUUAGACCAGGUCAGUGAAAUGUCAAAUAGGUUGUCAAAUGAAACGAAAAUGUAUGCAGAUAAGGCGAAGGAUCUCAAUCGGCAGGCCUUCAUUCGGAAGUAUGCUCCUGUUGCCAUUGUGAUUGGGGUGGUAAUAAUCCUGUUCUGGGCCAAGAACAAGAUCUGGUGAUUCCACUAAACAAUGGAAGCUGGCCCGUGGUAUAACACUGG